UUUUAAAACAAUAUUAGAGUGAAAUACUAAUAAAAAGUACUGUCCUGGGCGCUCUAGUUAUAAAAGCAUUGAGCAUUGAGUCAGAAAACCAAACCUGCAGGACAGAUUUUCUGCAGCCCAUUGGUUGAUUUGGGUGAUUGACACAUCUAAUAGCCAAUAGAAUCAGGGGGGAGUGCAAAAUCCCAAAUCAACGUCCAAUCCACCAAUCACAACUAGCGAAAAUGCAUUGCGCAAAUGACCGCAAAGCACAACUGCGCGGUAAAGAGGAGGAAGUCCUUUGAGUUUGUAGGCGGUAUCCAUGGAGACAGAGAAGUUGAAAAUAGUGAGGAGUCACGUCAGUGUGACACAAGGACAAUGGAUUAUAGUACCUGAGUAGAAAUAUUUACUCUAUAAUGGAUUAUGACGAUGACACAGCAAAGACUCGGAGUCAGUGAGAGAUGAUUCCCAAGUCGCACUCCUUAAAAAUGGAGCAGCCACCCAGUGCAUCAGUAACCUGAUUAUCCCAGCUGUCAGUCUGGAUAAGGCCGCGCUUUGGGAUCUGCGUGUCCUCUGAUUCUCACUUCAAGAUAAAACCGGUCCUCCUGGAGAUGGGAAGCAACAUCAGAGCAGGACAGACAAGAAAACGUAGGAAAAGAAAUCACCGGGAUUUUAUAAAGUCAGUCCAUCAUUUGGCUCCAUAAAACUUUGGAUUAAUCUUUGCAUCGUCACAACGGAUGAAACUGAGUUGCAAUUUGCAGCCCUGCAACAAUGGCUGACUGCAUUCCAGAUAACACCACCAACGUUAUCCAGAAUCCCAAGGCUGACCUACAGGAUGAUACCAAAGUUUCACCUGAGUCCACAUCAGCAGCCAUGAUCAAAGUGAGACCUGCAGACCUGGGACUGAUUCGAAGCCUGUCAAAGUCAGACUCUGACCUGUUGGCGUCUCCGGUCGGUGAGGAGGACGAAGGUCUGGCAAACCGUAGCGGCUCUGUGGCUAACUGCAGUUCUGGGCAGCCGUCCAUCGAGCGCAUGCCUUCCUUUGCAUCUGAGUGGGAUGAGAUUGAGAAGAUCAUGACGUUGAUUGGGGCUGGCAUUGAAACAACAAAGAACCAGCAUCCCAAGCCAAGCACAGAUGGGGCCUGUGGUAAAGCCCUGGACCAGCCGGUCGGAGAGUGGCUGGAGCACGUGGGGCUGCCGCAGUACGAGAGCAAGUUCCUGCUCAAUGGCUUUGAUGACCUACGAUUCAUGGUGAGUCACCUGCAGCAUGUCAUCUCAGGAGUCAGUUCCACUUUAUUUCACCCCUGUCUCUGCCUGUGCCGGCCCGGCUUCAUUUGUCUUUUCAUGUCACCACUCUGCUCCCCUCCACUUGUCUCCCACAAGCUCCACCCCCCCCCCCCCUC